GAGAGGUUGCUUAUAAACAGGGAUCUGGGUGUUUUCUGCCUGUCCGUGCCAAAUCCCAGGCACCAAACAAUGAGGCAAGGCCAUUCUACACAUACCAUGAGCAGGAAGAGCAGUCAUUGGAAAGAAACAUUCAGACGUUCCCCUCCAAUGAAGAAACUGACAUUGCGACGAACCCAAAUCUGGAGAAUGGUAUGACAACCAUUGGAAAUGGAAACUACUCGCUCAUCAUGAAAAAGCCUCUGGGUGAAACCUUGAAGAAAGUGGACAGCUUCUCCAGUUGGAUUGCUAGUGAACUUGGAGAAGUUGAUGAUUUAGACAUGCAAUCAAGUGAUGCAAUUUUAUGGAGUACUAUGGGAAUUGAGUAUGAACACAAUAUGGCAGCUCAAUUGCACGUGGACACACACAUGCUAAACCCUUCUAUUUCCUUUGACCAACUCUUUAGUAUUAGUGAUUUUUUGCCGAACUGGGCUUAUUCAAAUCUGGAGACCAAG